AUGGAAUUUGCAAUUCAAGCUCAACUUUUGGCCUUUCUUGACGAAAACAAAGUUCUAUCAGUUUUUUAAUCCCUUUUCCGUAAGAAGCAUUCCACUGAAACUGCAGUUGUCUACCUGGUUGAUCAUAUAUUAGAUUACAUAGACAGUUAACAGGUAACCGGUGCUACCCUUGUCGAUCUGAAAAAGGCCUUUGAUCUUGUUGAUCACCACUGCCUCCUUCACAAGCUAGAGCACUAUGGAGUUAGAGGAUACAGUCUUAUCUGGUUCAGAAAUUAUCUCACUACUCGUUCGCAGACAGUUCAAUAUGGAGAUGUGUUAUCAUCCAGUCUUCCUUUACUGCUUCGGUGUUCCCAAAGGUUCCUUACUUAGAUCAUUUGUGACAUACAUAAAUGACCUGCCUCAGUGUUUGCUGCACUCGGCGAUAAGUAUGUAUGCCGAUGUCUCAGUGAUCCAUUAUACUGGGUCCAAUAUUAACAUCAUUAGAGAAAAUCUACAGAAGACCUCAAACGAGUCAAGCAGUGGUUGAUGAGUAGCAGAUUAAUACUAAAUCAGAGCAAAACGAAAGGAAACUACUGCAAACCUCAUCAGACUUUGUGCUGCAGAUCUAAGGUUCAAUUAUCUUGGGGUUAUGCUCGAUGAACAGCUUCUGGAGAGAGCAUACCGACUCCCUUUGUAACAAAGUCAAUAAGUGUUUGGGACUUUUAGCACGGAUAAGAUCUUGCCGUACUCUUAAAGCAGCGAAGUGUGUCUGA